UUGUUUAUUAAGUACUUAAAAAUGGAGGCUAUAGAGCCAACAAACGAGUGUACUAAUUUAAAUGAUGAAAAUAACAGUGAGUCAACAAACCAGGAGCCAGUAACACAAUUAGCAAAUGACGCCGACGUGGAUGCGAAAAUUGCUUUGGAAGGUAAACAGCAGCUGGAAUGCGAAAAUAAAGUACAAAACCAUGAAAGCCCUAUAAAAGAAGAAACUGCAGAUAAAAGUACACAAGAUAAGAGUGAAUUGGAAUUAGUUAACGAAAUUCAUGCAGCAGUUGUGGAGCAAUCGGUUAAAGAGAAGGAGAGGGCGGAACAUGAGCCAGCAACAGGAAUCAGUUAUGCAGACCUCAAGGCGCAGGAUGAACAGGAAAGCAAGGAAAACAAGGACAGCCGGGACAUCCUCUCACAUGUACAUUGCCUUGCACAGCUGGAGGAACAACGUCGCAGCUAUGAGCGCCAACUGGAACAACUGCGUACCUCAAAUGUGCAGAAGGAUAAUAUGAUGACACUUCUGCAGAGGGAAAAUGCGAUAUUGGAGAAGGAGAAGCAGGCAUUUCGCAAUGAGAUGGAUCUGGCCAACAAGGAGAAGGAGAGCACAGUGAUUAAAUUUGCUAUGAAAGAGAAGUUGCUCAUCGAUGCCAAAAAAGAAAAAGAGACUGUGGAGAAACAGUUGGCAGAUGCCAAAAAAGAAGUGAAAAAUGUCUCCAUACGCUUUCAGGCGGUGCACGAGGAAAAGUCACGGAUGACCUAUAUCAUAGAUGAAAAGUGCAACGAAGUGCGCAAGUAUCAAAGGGAAUGUGAGAAGCUUAAAACGGAAAUGGGACACUUGGAAUCCAAGCUCAAAUAUCAUGCCAACAAGCUAAACAUUGAAGUAGAAGCUAAGGCAAACCUGGAGCGCAAGCUGGAAGAGGAACGGAAUGCACCCAAUAAACUAGAAGAAAAGGCCAAUGAGAAGCUUAAGAUGGAAUUUGAAGCUAACACAAUACUGCUUAAACAUGAAAUCAAAAGCAAGACUGAUUCGCUGGACAAGCUGAACAAAGAGCACCAAAAGCAAUGCGAAGCUAAUAAGGAAUUGCAACAGCAACUGCAGCAGUUAAAAGAAGCGCAUGAACAGCUUUCGGGGGAGUUCAAGGAGUUACAGGCGCAGCAUAGCCAAAUAGAUGCCGCCUACAGCGACGAGCUCUUAAAUGCAGCGAAAUUGCAUAGCCAGUUGGCUGAGCUGCAGCUGCUGCGCACACAGAAUACAAUCAACGAGCAGAAGUUAGUUGAGGCGCAGACGAGGAUAGAAGAGCUGGAAUCCCUGGUGCAGGACAAUGAAGUAGAUUUAAAGCAAGUGCAGGAGAAGAGACAGGAAUUGCUGAACAUUAACAAAGAGAUGACCGAGCUAAUAGUCAAGCUGCAAAAUGAUAUUUAYCUGGCAGAAGUCAAAUCGCUAGGCUUCGAGUCAGAGAACAAAUUGCUGAAGCAGGAGCUGCUUGCAUUCGAUGCCAAAUACUUGGAGCUAGAGGAGCAAAUGCAUGCGGAGGGAAUGGAGAAGAUAGAGGAACGUCUGCUGCUGGCUAAACAUCUGUCCGAGAAGACAAAGAUGUACGAAGUGGUCAAUGCUAAGCUGGAAGAGCUGCAGAACCAUUUUGAGGCAACGAAGCACAAGCAUGCGACGCAGGUGAAAGAGCUCCAACGAGAGCUGCAAAAGUACAAAAGAGGCAUUGUGGAUGCUAAACCAGCGGGUUAUUGUCGCAACUGUCAACAGGCAAUGAAUGACUUGAGCCAGGAACAACUGCAACAGCCGCCGCAGCCGCAGCAGCAGCAAUUGAUCACUCAUAGUCGCAGCAGCAGCCAGUGCAGCCGUGCCAGCGAGUCAUCCGAGUCUGAGACGGUGGUCAACAGUGCGUCACAAGCGCAGCCGGCAGCCGCACCAGUAACAGACCUACAAGCAGUACCUUCAAAGAAAGUCUUAGUUGAGCGCAUUUUGCGCUUGCAACAGGCUUCAGCACGACAAACGGAGCGCAUUGAAUUCCUGGAGAAUCAUACGCAAAUGCUGGUCUCCGAGGUCCAAAAAAAAUCCAAAGUUGUGCAGCAUUAUAUGCUGCGAGAUCAAACGGCCGGCGCGCUCACCUCCAGCAAAAGUGAUCAGAGCAAAAGCGAGCUGGUCAAAUAUGGCAAUGGCGUCAUGGCUGCCAUCUAUGGAGGAGUCAAGGGAGCUGAGAGCAAGGGUAUGUCCUUGGAGCUCUCACUGGAGAUUAAUAAGAAGUUGCAGGCUGUGCUAGAGGACACGCUGUUAAAGAAUAUAACGCUCAAAGAGAAUCUCGAUGUGCUGGGCCUCGAGGUGGAUAACCUGACGCGCAAAUUGCGCUCGCAAGAGCUAAGCAACAGUUAGGCAGAGUGCCUGACCACUAAUCCAUUCCGUAGAUAUAACAAUUCCAUUGUGAUUAAGUUAAAAUUAAAAAUUUAAUAAUGCAACAA